GGCAGAGAGGGGUGGAGGACACUGGGUGGAGGGAUUGGCAGAGAGGGGUGGAGGACACUGAGUGGAGGCCAGUGGAGGGAUUGGCAGAGAGGGGUGGAGGACACUGAGUGGAGGGAUUGGCAGAGAGGGGUGGAGGACACUGAGUGGAGGCCAGUGGAGGGAUUGGCAGAGAGGGGUGGAGGACACUGAGUGGAGGCCAGUGGAGGGAUUGGCAGAGAGGGGUGGAGGACACUGAGUGGAGGCCAGUGGAGGGAUUGGCAGAGGGGGGUGGCAGAUACAGAAUGGAUACCUGCGAUGAGGUUGGCCAAUGAGGAGGGAGUUACAAUAGUCAAGGCGA